AAGCAUGGCAGCAAGAGCCUUUCCCCACUGUGACAGCAAAUCAGCUUUACAGAUCUACUCUGUUAAUUGUGUUGCAAGAGGACAUCCGACCUAGGCCAAUCUGUUCUGUAGAAAACGAUCCAGGACAGCCUCGAGUACACAGAAAAACCCUAUCCCAGAAAGAAAGAAUCAUCGUUCUAACGGCUCUUAGUCUUCCUUCAAAGAAGAUGGUACUCACCAGGUCAAUGCAUUAACUGCAAAGGUAAAGGAGUCCUGCUUCAUUUUGUCACUACUGGGGAGACUACAACUUCCUGAGCACCAGGCCAGAAGCUGAAGUACUAUUUUUUAACUAUCAGAAGCCAGUACUCUGGGACAUUUUGUGGCUUGUGGAUCUUCUAUACUUAGUUGCUUUCAGAUCUACCACUGUUAGAUACUUCCUGGCACCCAUCCUAAGACUGUAGUAGCUCUUGGAACUGAGUCACAGCCACUCUCAGCCACUGUCUGCCAGGAGUCCCUCACUUGACUCCUGUGGUUACCUUUUCCAUCAUGCCAAAGAAUAAAGGCAAAGGAGGCAAAAACAGGCGCAGAGGUAAAAAUGAAAAUGAAUCUGAGAAAAGAGAGUUGGUGUUUAAAGAAUAUGGGCAAGAGUAUGCUCAGGUGACCAAAAUGCUGGGAUGUGGAUGGUUGGAAGCAAUGUGUUUUGAUGGUGUAAGGAGGCUGUGCCACAUAAGAGGAAAGUUGAGAAAAAAGGUUUGGAUAAAUACCUCAGACAUUAUAUUGAUUGGUCUACGAGACUAUCAAGAUAACAGGGCUGAUAUAAUCUUAAAGUACAAUCUAGAUGAAGCAAGAAGUCUGAAGGCCUAUGGAGAACUUCCAGAACAUGCCAAAAUCAAUGAAAUGGACACAUUUGGUGCUGGGGAUGAUGAAGAAAUCGUGUUUGAUGAUAUUGGAGAGGAUGAUGAAGACAUUGAUGACAUCUAACAUAAACUAAGCAUGCUAUAUUCCAAGUUCUCUGAAGAUUACUCAACACAAUUGGCAUCUUGACAUUCAACUGUUAAGUAAAACUUCAUUUGGCCUCCGUGUGUCUUGUUAAUGCAAACUGAUGUAUUUUAUGUUUUGAAGUAUUAUAUAUCUUUGCAAAUCUAAGAUGUUGAGUUAUUUAUCUUAAGUGACAAGUUAACACUUUGUGCUUAUGGGUAUAAUUGAACUUAGGGCACAGCAGUGUACACUGUUAA